AUGGCUACUAUAAAUUUGGAAAGAAAAUACCGAGAGGGAAAGAGUGUAAAAAUAAGGAUUGAGCAAAAACAAAACUUGACAAUGAUACAAAGCUUUGAAAUAGUUGGUACUUCUAGCUUUGGAUGUUCAGAGACUUUUGGCUUUGGUAGUUCUGGAAUUUCAGAUUUUGGCAUAGUUGAGACUUUUGGCUUUUUAAGCUCGGGGACUUUUGGCUUUGAUAAUUCUGGGAUUUCUAGCUUUGGCAUAGUUGAUAAUUCUGGCUUUGAAAGUUUUGAGACUUUUGGCUUUGGUAGUUUUGGGAUUUCAGGAUUUGGCGUUGUUGAGACUUUUAGCUUUGGAAGCUCUUUGCUUUUGGCGUUUGGCUUUGGUAGUUCUCGGACAUCAAGCUUUGGCAGUACUUCUGGCUUUGGAAGUUCUGAGACUUUUGGCUUUGGUAGUUCUGAGAUUUCAGGCUUUGGCGUUGUUGAGACUUUUAGCUUUGAAAUCUCUUGGGCUUUUGGCUUUGGUAGUUCUCGGACUUCAAGAUUUUGUAGUACUUCUGGAUUUGGAAGUUCUGGACUUUUGACUUUGGCAAUUCUGGAAUUUCAGCCUCUCAAGAAAAAGGACAUGGUGCAAGGCCUUCCUGAGAUACAUACUGAGGUGGAUACAUGUGAAAGUUGUAUAAUGGGAAAGCAACACAGGAAGUCUUUUCCAAAAGGGGUGUCUAGGAGUGCAAGUGUAUUUUUGGAACUAAUUCAUACCGACAUUUGUGGACCAAUGAAGACUCCAUCUCUUGGAAGUCAAAGCUUUGGAAGCUCAGAGACUUUUGGCUUUGUCAGUUCUGAGAUUUCAGGCUUAGGCAUGGUUUGUACUUCUGACUUCGGAUAUUCUGGGACUUUUGGCUUUGGUGGUUCUGGCAGUUUGGGGAGUUCUGGGAUUCGUGCAGUUGUUCCAGUUAUGCUGCCAUAA